CUUUUUGAUCACAUGGUCCACUUUAUUGAUUUUCACACAAUGUGAUAACAAAGAGUUGUUUCUUUUAAAAACAGACAUACAGACAAUAUGUAAGAGAAAAACAUAUUAGUUGAAAGAAAGUAUAAAAAAGUGACAGGAAUUUAAAGCUGGAAAUGUGUACAUUUAAGUUAUUGAUUAGCUGCACUGACAAAUAAAUGGUAACAUAGGCCUACCCAGAAUGUGUGCCAGAGUUCAGCCACACAAAGUUUUAAAUCUCUGUUGACCCGAGUCAAUACUCAACACGUGAAAUUUCUUUCCUGGCUGACAAGAGAUUAAGGCAAUCCAGAACGCAUGCUCUUCUCAUAUUACUCAACAGGAUACACCAUGAAAAUAUAGUGGUUCACAUGGACUUUAAAUGACACAAGUGUGGUAUUAGUAGUGACAUGCAUGACAGAUUCACUGUGAACAUUUCAUUAGGCCUGGAACAAUCUCAGAGGCUGGGGACAUGGUUAUAGUAUUAUCAUAAUUUAUGUCAUAUGAGAUUUCAAGUACAUUCUCCACAGAAACCUUCACAGUAACUACAAAAUUAAACCAUUCUGUGUAAAGUCUGGAUUGUGUUGUAUACAUUUUCUAUUCAAAAUGUCAGCAAAGCAAUAUAAAAACAUCUUUUUUUUAGACUGGAUCACCAGUGCUUCUCUAAGAGGUUUGAAUCAUAAUUAAUACUUUUUGGUGUCUUUAUAAUAUUUCUAUUACUACAUAAUUUUGAUCUCAUUUUAAAGAUGAUUUUUUUACCCUCUCUGGCUGCUUUUACAACAGCUUUCUGUCUGGGUGAUCAGAGGCCCGUCCAGACCGUUGAUGUCUCACCUCCAGGUGUUUGCUCUGAACAAGGUCAAAAUGCUGGAGCAGCUCAUUAUAAUCUAUCUGACUGUGAGAGGCACGCUUGGAGACCACUUGAUGUUUAGAGUCCAUAUACUUGGACUCAUCCAGAGUCCUCAUGAGCUCCGGGUUUGGGACACACCGCAGGCGAUGAGAGAGGAGCUGGAAGGCCUGGCUCUGAGGCAGCAGCAUGAGCAGGCCAUACAGCGCCUUUAUCAGGUAAGGGUUGUUCUCCACAUCCAGGAGCUGCAGGCGCAGGUAAGUGAAUAUCGGGCUUUCGAUGAGCUGCACAAGCUUGUCAACCUCUAUUAAGAAAUCUACAGUCACCUCCAGAUCUCCAAACUUCUGGAUGAGAUCAUAGGCGUGUUUGUAGUUCUGGGUGAGGAAACACAGCGACACGGUGGCCACAGGGUUGUGGCACCAUGAGCGAUACAGGCAGCAAAACAACACACAGCUCUCCUGGGUGCGCAGGUCCUUCAGCUGGUUGCGUAGCUGGAAAAGCUCCGCCGAGGUGAGCAGGAUGGUGUUGAGUGUCUGAACCAUUGUUGAAGCAAAUUUGAGAUCUUCUUCCUUCAGCAAGAUGUCAGCCAUGGAGUGGAAGAUGUUCUCUGCAUGAAGCAACAGGCAGAGCUGUCGGAUGAUGAACGCUCCUCUGUUCUCCAGAAGCUUCCUCUCCAGACUGAAGCGUUUCAGGAGGUUGAUCAUGAACUUGUAAAAAUAGGAGUUCAUACUGGGAGUGGAAGGGGAGGAGUCUGCUGUCUUGGGCUGCUGUCCUGGCUUGGCACUCUCUGGGACCUUCAACUCCAGUUUGUUAUCAGUGCUGUCGCAGGAGCCGACUUGGUCUGUUUGGCCGGCGGGAGAUGAUGCUAUCUCAGCUAACACCUCCAGGUCUUUGAGUAUCACUUCAUCGGACUCGUCAGACAGUGUUUUCAACAGCAUGGGGAACAGGCUGUCUGUGUGGCGGAACAUUUUGCGAGGUGUUUUGAUGUAGAGGUGGUAGAGCCAUUUGAGCACAGCUAUGCGGGUCAUCAUACCAGUGGAGGAGUCGUGGAGAUGCCGGUCCAGCACCUGGACAAUACCAUCCAGGUCAAGAGUCACCUGAGGCCUGUCAGCACUUGCUGGGGUGAAGAAGCUGAUGUUACUAAAACCAACUGAUUCUUGUGAUGCAUUCAGCAUAUCAUUACUGUCUGCCUCCGUCUUUUGCUGGCUGUCAUCCUUCGUCGGUGACCCGGCACCUCCGCUUUUCUCUUCCUCCUCAUCCUCAUCGUCCUCGGGUGUCACCAGCUUCAUAAGACUGUGAUUACAGGCACUGGCUGCUUCUUUUGUAUUUUUCUUUCUGUCAUCAUAGGAAAGGCAAGGCAGCACAGCGGUGAGGAUGCCCGAGGAGUAAGGGAGCACCGCUCUGCCUGCGAGCUGAAUAAACUCUCUCAUCCAGGUCAUGGCUGUCAGCUGGAUCAGGUCGUUUGGGAGUUUGGUUUCAUCUGCUACUUGGCAAUGGAUGACAAGAAUGUUGGCCAUCUCCGCAAACUUCACACUGGAGGGUGUUUUCUUGAUUUCUUUCAAGAACUCUCCCAGCACCACCUCACAAGUCUUGCGAAUCUCCUUGCUGUUGUCUCCCAGGAUCUGGAAGAGCCCGUCCAGGAUCUCAGGGAGGUAGUCCAGCAGGUUGAUGUCCGGCACAGACUCAAGAACGUGGAUCCAGGAAAUAAUGAACUGACGGGCAUAUUGAUUAUUGGAGUAGAUCCUCUCUCUGAGUAAGGGGACAAAUGCCACCAAGUCAAACUUGUUACUUUCAGUCACAAUGUCUUUCAGCAGUCUGUCCAGGAGCUCAGAUCCGCUCUUGACAUUGGGGUCUGGAUCUGCAGCAAGCUUACUGAGACCAUCAAACAGCAAGUUGAAGUGAGGCAGCACUGCUCCUCUGGCCACUUUGACGAUAUUAUAGAGGGCCUCACAUGCAUAAUAGCGCAAGCGGCUGUCUGAGUCAUUAAAACACGUGAGUACAGGCUCGAUCAGCUCCUUCAGAUACAGACCUGAGUCUUUACCGAGGGCGAUGGAACAAGCUGCCAGUCCGAUGAGACCCCCUUUCCGGCUGUGGGGAUGCUGAGAAAGCGCAAACUCUGAAGCCAGGAUCUGAAUCACAUGCCUGAUCUGAGUAGAAUUGUUCUGAGCCACAAACUCCCGAACCAGCUUCUCGAUUUCCAGAGCCGCCACUUUCCUCUUCUCGUACAGUUUGUCAUUUAAAGCCCGGACUAUGUUAGGAGUCAGAGGGGAAAAAUCCUUUUCCGUGUUCAUGUUUGCGGCUGCAGUUGUAGUCGACACUCUUUGUUGUUUUUCUUGCUGGUGAGCAAGAAAUAGUCUUCAUAAAUAAUAAUUUAGCAGAGGAAAAACAUCGCAAAACCAGGAAGUCUUUUAAUACAAAGCAGCUGACCGGUUAUAUCCGCCGGAAGUACGUCACCGUUGCCACAGCUAAACGACUCCGGCUUUUAAAACACCGUUAGCUUUGUGUGUUGCCAAUGCUUGUUUUCAUUCAGACAUUAUAAUUCGUCACAAAUAACCUCAAGUCUGUGAAAAGCUUUUGAAAGAAGGUAUCAGCGAUGGCCACCCGAUGUUCUCUGAACUCACAGCUCUCCUACAUCAUGGAGACAAUGGCUAGAACUGCCCUGAGCCAGGUCUGUAAGGUGGUGGACGAGGAGUCGGCUGAGCUCCGGUCCGAAGUGUAUCGGCUCAUAGCUGCUAAUUCAGCCCUAUCUGAGAAAGUAAACAGUCUGGAGUGUGAGCUCACGGUUGUAAAGAGCGACGCCCGAAAGAUGUGUAAAAGUUCCCGUAGCGUCGGUGUACAAACUGUCGACAGCACAGACGGAGAGCCUUUCGGUAAGUUUCUGAAUUACAAUCAUUGACAGAUCCAAACGAAACAAAUGAUCAUUGCCUGUGAGUGAACUGAUUAUUUACUGCUGUGUUUUGGCUUUUCCCCAGUGUCCGAGUCUCCUACCAUAGAGGCGAUAUUUGGAAAAGAUUGGUGUAUGAAUCUAUGGAAAGACAGGGACCCAAUCUGUGCUGAAAAAGUCCCAACAGACCCACUAAAGAUCUCUGAUGAGGUCAGAAGAAAAGAGCAGUAUCAUGAUCGAAAGUUUUUCAACACUUGAAUAAAGGAGUAUUACAUUCGCUUUGCACCUUAAUUCAAAUUUACGGUGGCCGAGAACCGCCACUGCUGCAAAUAAAAAAAUAAAUAAAGGAAUGCAAAAAAAAAAAAAAAGAAGUCACAACAGAAGUUACUGAUGAAAAAAAAAAGAAACCGAAGCCCGCUGCAAAUAAAAAAGAAACAGUGCAGAUAAAAACACCAAAAUGGAAGUUAAAGACGCAAAGAAAAAAGUGGCGAUGAAAAAAAAAGUUACUGUGAAAAUAAAAGGAUGCAAAUAAAAAAAGCCACAACGAAGGUGAGCUGCCGGGGACCAAUAAUGAUGAUGCACCAGUGUUUUAUGAUCUAGGCACAGAAGACUACAACGAGCAAGGAGGUAAUUGGAAAGGUUAUUGUUUGAUUUCGCUUCAUAAACUUUUCAGUGUGUCAUUUUGUCAGGCGAUGUAGCGCCUGAGUCCAUAUGAAGUUGAACUGAAGCUAAUACUACAACUGCAUCCGCCAGAUCAACUUCAUAUCAAGUCAGGCGCUACAUGGCCUGACCAAAUUACACAUUGAAAAGUUUAUAAGCGAAAUUAAACAAUAACCUUUCCACUAAUCUUUUUACUCGUCUUUUCCCCAUCGUCUUCUGUCCCUGGAUUGUAAAACACCGGUGCAUCAUCAUUAUUGGUCUCUGGAAGCUCACUUCCGUUGUGGCGGUUCUCCGCCACCGUACAAACUGGGUAUGUUGUUGAUGAAAGUUUUAGGUGAAAUGAUAUGAUUCAUUCACGCUCCAGCUCUGUUCAGCAUUGUUUAUAUAUGGACUUCUCUCAUUUUGCAGCCUGUGACCUUACUUUCUGACAAAACUACAACCACUGAAAUCAAAGAGGAGGAUUUUGUGGAGGACAUCCCAAGCAGCUUCCAGCAAGAAACACCUAAAACAGAAGGUAAGAUAGUGAGGGAGCCCUGUCUAUGAUUUUCAGCCUCAAAGGGAUAUAGCGCCAAUUUUACGACUGAAUAUCCCUUUAAAUGUCUCAUAUGAGAGUGUGACUUCUUGUUCUGAUGCUACAGAUCAUGGGGAAAGUUUGACAGAGGAACCAGAGCAUCUGUCAGUGGGCUGCUCAGGUGGUAGCAGCUCUUGCAGCUUUUCACUCGAGCAAGACGGAGAGAAAGUUGUGUCUGAGGUGCCAUCCAUCCAGCUGAUAUCUGUUGAUAACACAGAGGAGGCCCUAAACAGUCAUAUCAUUUCAAUUGAUGACAACAAUGAUGACGACGACGACGAUGAUGAUGAUGAUGUGCAGUUUAUUCCUGAAAGUGAAAAGGAACUGGUGAAGAAUACAGGUGAUUCCAUCUACAACAAGGAACAAAACUCGGAAGACAACGCCGCACUUAAUAGCGGCCUACAUUUUGGUAUAAACAUGCCUAAUUGCCAAACUUUUAGUGAAACAAACAGGAACAUAUUUAAAUGUGAAAUUUGUGACAGGACCUUUUUCCACAAAGGCACUUUAACACAUCACAUGAAGACACACAGGGAGAACUUUUGUAGUAUUUGUAAGCAGCACUUCCCUCACCGAUACAAGUUUACAAAGCACGCAUGUGUGCCCCCGCAUUCUUCCAAGAGUCAGUCGUGCGAACUGUGCGGGAAGGCCUUUGCAAACCCGUCGGCUCUGAGGAUUCACCAAGUUGUGCACACGGGAGAGAAACCCUACAGCUGCAACUUCUGUGGGAAAGGCUUCACCCAGAAAGGCAAUCUGAAUGCUCACCUACGAAUCCAUACCGGAGAGAGACCGUUCUGCUGUUUGAAAUGUGGAAAAACCUUCACCCAAAAGAUCAAUCUCAAACAUCAUAUGAUGGCCCACAAAAAAAGUGAGAUUUUUAAAACGAACUGAAUCUGUCAGUGCUGAUUGUGAUGCAUGAUGUGUAACUUUGUUCCUUGCAUUUUUAUUUAUUUAUUUUUUGACAGGUGUAAGGUUUUUAUCCUGUUAUCCAUUCUGAACAGUAAUGUUUAUAUCCUUGUAAUCUGUAGUAUGGAGUUUACAGUGUGAUCUGUAUGUCCUGUGUUUGUCAGUUGGGUGUUUAAGCAAUAAGGAAUAGUUAUUGAAGUUGUUACAGUUUUCACAAUGAAACGGUUGAGAAUGUUAAAACCUAGUUUGAUUUAAUUCAUUUUCUUUGAAUGAUUUUAGACUUGUGUAAACAGAAGUUGCCUCUAACCUGAUUAAUUUGUUUUAUUAGUUGGGUCUUAAUAAAUCCAUAAUCUUUACAAAUCUGAAGGUGCUUUUUAAGGGGCAACUGCAUGUCUCUCUUUGGCAGGAAUAAUUCAUUCAUUCGGUCAAUGGUUGGUUCAGAAGGAUUGUAUUAUUACAGACUGAAAAAUGUGCUCAGUACACAUGAUUGCUGUUUAAGUGUCAGAACAGUCCAGUAAAGAAUAAAGAAUAUCUUGAACAGAAAGGGAUAACAUUUAAAAAA